AGUACAUCGUAGAAAAAUGUGAUCAAUUGUUUCAUCUUCAACCUUGUCAAUUGCAUCUCGAUAACCGUUAUAUCAAAACAUCCCUUUAUUUGUAACAUUGCACACAGCUUUUUCAUUGCUUGAAGCCGCUUAAAGCUCAACUCUGUUUAGAAAUAUGAAAUCUUCGAGUGUAAUUGUAGGGAAAUUCAUCGAAUUUAUCACAACUGCGGAUACAACUUCAAAUGAGAUGGGUAGCGGUCCACAGCAUCCAACGAUCCAGGAUCUGUGUGUUGGUUGACCAGUCCCUGGCAUACGACUGCCACGGACCUGGACCCUUUUUUUUUUUAUAUCUAUCUAUCUGUGUCUCUAUCUCACAAACAAUGGGAGACUUGAAGCUUGUAAUUCAGAAAGGUCCCCGACAAGGCGAAACCCUAGAAUUCCGACCCGGAUCCAUUAUACGUCUGGGUCGAGUUGUCCGAGGCAACUCAGUCGCCAUUAAAGACUCUGGUAUCUCCACCAAACAUCUCGAAAUUCAGUUUGAAAGUGAUUUGGGUAAGUGGGUCAUCACUGAUCUUGGUUCUUCUAAUGGUACUGUUUUGAAUGGUAGUGUGAUUGAUGUUAAAGUGCCUGUCUGUCUUUCGAAUAAUGAUGUUGUUAAAUUGGGCGAGGUUACUUUGAUUCUUGUGAAAAUUUGUGAUGAGGUGGCUGUGGGAAAGGGGAUUGAAGGGUUUGGGGAGGUGGAAAAUGUGGUGGAGAAACCGAAACCACGGCGGGGGAGGAAAAAGGAGAUUGGGGGUGGGAAGGGGAAUGAGAAUGUGGUGGCUGUUGAGGUGAAUCAAGGGAGGCAAUUGAGAUCAAGGGUUACGGGGAAUGCCAUUAACAAGGAAGGAGGGAAGUUUGAGGAUUUUGGGAAGCAGUUGGAGAGCCUGGCUGCGGUUGAGAGGAAGAUGCACAAGGGUAGGGGGAAGAAGAAGGUUGUCAAGGAGGAGCCUGAAAUAGAGGUUGAGGAGGAUUUGGUAAAGGCUUUGCCUGAACUGGUUCUUGAUCGUGCUGUCAAAGAGAGUACGAUAAAUGAGUUUGCUGAUAUGUCGAGAGUUGAUGAUGUUUUGGAAAUGAAGGAUAUUGAGCAAAAGGAGGGGUCCGGGGUUAAAAAUGGUGAUUUUAAUUUACAAGUGGAGCCAGAUUUGGAGAAAAUGACAUUGGGGGAGUGGUUUGAUUUUCUGGAGGUGUAUUUGCCAAAAAAGAUCCAUGAUGAGACAGAAGAGUUAAUUUUUGAAAUGAAAGAAAGAGCCAAGCAGUUUCACGAGUAUAGUGUGCAACAAAAGCGUGCGAUGGGAAAGGGCAAAUCACUGAUGGCAUAGAUGUAGAAUGAUUUAACCAGAGUGCAAUGAGGUUUUACAAAAAGCAUUGGAAGUGUGGGAUCUGCAAGUAAUUCCUCUCGACAGCCCUGUGUCCGAACCGGAUCAGAUUGACCCAGAGC